ACACGUGACGUAAACAAUAAUAAUAAUAAAAAAAAAAUAAAAAUAAAUAAAGACAAACAUUUGACAUUUACUCCAUUAUCAUCAGGAAAUUAGGUGUGUUUAAUAUCUUAUCAAGAAAAAAAAAUGAUAAAACACCAGGUAAAAAUUAGUGGGAAAUUUGUAUUGUCUUACUGACCAAUUUGAAUUUAUUUUUAUGUGAAAUUAAGUGCAAUAAAUAAAUCAAUGAAAAAUCUAAUUAACAUAUAUUUACAAUGAAAGUUUAUCAUCUGUCAAAGUCUAAUUUUGUCAUUGAUGACAAGUUACUCAAAACAACAAUAAAAUGUUGAUAUUAAAAAGUAAAAAAUUCAAAUUGACAAACAAAAAAUAAUAACAGAUUGUCAAAUGACAGUUGACCUUGAUAGAUCUGCUAGUGAAUUAAUUAGCCAAUUAAUUUAAUAAUUAAAAAAUUGAUCUGAAAUAUGAAUCGACGUAGAAAAUAAUGAGUUGCUCCAAAGCAUAAAAUGAAAAAUAGCCAAGAUAAAUAAAUACAAUAUAAAAUACUUGCCAAAUAACAUUAAAAAUCAUUUAAAAUGUUGGACAAAAAAGAUGACCAUUUAUUUCCUGGUAUAAAACAGAUGAAAAGCUUUUUUUCUCGUCAUCAAAAUACCUCAUCAUCACAAAAUAAUAACAACGAAAUAAUUGGUGGAAGUUUAGGUCUAAUACAACAUACUCGUCCAUCAAAUUUACCAGCUAAAAAUCCAGCUGAAGAAAUGCAACAUCGUAAACAACACGAUGAAAUACUAGAAAAAGCAAGAAAAAUUGAUGAACGUGUUAAAAAAAAAAAUAACGAGUUACGUGAACGAAAUAUUAAAAAAGAAGAUAAAUUAUUAUGUAAUUCAGCAACAUGGAAUAAUUUAAUAAUACCAAAUUUUUCUACGUUACGUUAUAAAAAAAAUGUUUAUGAUUUAUGGUGGUCUGGUUUACCACCAAGUAUACGUGGACGUGUAUGGAAAUUAUCAAUAAAUAAUACAUUAAAUUUAACAAUUGAUAUAUACAAUGAAUGUGAAAAAAAAAUAAUAAAUUUUGCUGAUAAUAAAUUACAUAAUGAUUAUUUAACAGCAAUUAAAUUAGAUGUAUCACGUACAUUUCCAAAUUUAUGUUUAUUUCAAAAUAAUGGACCACUUAAUGAAUCAUUAAAUUCAGUUUUAUCAGCAUAUUGUGUAUUACGUCCAGAUGUUGGUUAUCUUCAAGGUAUGAGUUUUAUUGCUGCAAUAUUAACAUUAAAUAUGGAUAAAUGUGAUGCAUUUAUAUGUUUUUCAAAUUUAAUUGAUAAUCCAUGUCAUAAAGCUGCAUUUACACUUAAUCAAAAUAAAAUGAAUGUUUAUUAUAAUUUAUUUAUGAAAAUAUUAUCAAUUAAUAUACCAAUAAUAUAUAAACAUUUUUUAAAUUCUGGUUUAAGUCCAGAUUUUUAUCUUCUUGAUUGGAUUUAUACAAUUUAUUCAAAAGCAAUGCCACUUGAUAUUGUUUGUCGUGUUUGGGAUAUGUUUAUAAGAGAUGGAGAUGAAUUUUUAUUUAAAACAGCUAUUGGAAUAUUAAAUAUUUAUCAAAAACAAUUGUUAAAUAUGGAUUUUGUUAGGGGUGCUCAAUUUUUAAAAAAAUUACCUGAUAAUUUAUGUGCUGAUGAAUUAUUUGAUAGUAUUAAACAAAUUAAUAUUAAUAUUGAUGGCAAUAAUUUUCAAAAAAUGGUUGAUGAGUCUUUGUGAUAUAUAUGACAACAGAAAAUUUAUAUUUAUGAAUUUGUUUUUAAAAAAUUAUGCUUUAUUUUUUAUUUUUAAAAAAAGAAAAAUUUUAUUGUUAAUUAAUAUCUUAUGACAUGUUUAGACUACAGAUAGAUAUAUAUUUUUUUUAUUUUUUGUCACUUUGGAGUUUAUUGUAUAUAUUAAUGUGUAAAGAAAAAAAAUGAUAUACUUUUUAAAUUUUUUUUUUAUCUGAAUUUUAUAUAAAGACGAAUAAUUAGUUUAAUAAACGAAAGAAAAUAUAUUACGUUUUUUAAUAAUUUUAUGAAUUUGUAUAAAUGUUCAAUAGACAUAAUAAAUACGAUAAAUUGAAUAGCGAAC